AUUCACUCAAAAUUUGACUAUGCCAUUUCACUGUCAAUGUCAAAAUGAAAGCGAAAUUGAAGAAUCUUUGAAAAACACUCAAAAAUCCGCUCUACCUCAGCAAAUAUAUCAGUAUUCUUAAAAUGAAUUAAAAGGUCAUCUUCCUAACCCCCUGACUAUGUCCGGCAAUCUUCACGUCCACCAAGUUUCGUGCCAGCAUCUUCAUGUGGCUAAAAAGUCUUUGCAGAUCCGUGUUGUUCGGUGUUCCCAUCGGCGUGACCUUCCUAGACACCGUAGGUUAUGUGGCGAGGGUCGAGGGCAUCUCCAUGCAGCCCGCCUUGAAUCCAGAGUCGAAAAACACCGAUUACGUGUUCCUGUCGCGGUGGGCAGUGAAAGAUUAUGAGGUGAAACGCGGUGACAUAAUAUCCCUCGUAUCUCCCAAAGAUCCCAACCAGAAGAUUAUAAAGCGCGUCGUCGCUUUGCAGGGGGACAUCGUGAGUACGUUGGGCUACAAGAACCAGUAUGUGAAGGUUCCGGAGGGUCAUUGUUGGGUGGAAGGCGACCACACUGGUCACACACUGGACAGCAACACAUUUGGGCCAGUUUCUUUAGGUUUAAUUAAUGCCAAAGCUGUGUGUAUAGUUUGGCCGCCACAAAGAUGGCAGAAUCUAGAAGCCAAGCUGCCGGAGAACAGAAAACCUAUUAGUGGCUCAUAUUAGUACAAAGUUUUAAAGGCACAAGUGUUAGUAAUAGUGAUGUGCUGGUUGCUUAUGGAGGGUUAAGAGGGACUAAUUUUAAUAAUUAUUUAUUGUGACUUCACUAGCUAAUAUUUAAUUCAUUAUUUCUUUUCACUGCUUGCAUUUUAGAUGUUGAUACUUUGAUAGUAUAAACUAUUGAUGCUGAAUCCCAUCACUCCCAUGUUGAAAAUGAUUCUGAUAAUCUGUAGGGAUCUCUCUUACUAGUCUAAUGUUCAACUUGUUUUGUGAUGAAUAAGUUCCUUUCGUACUUAUCAAUUAGUUAAUUAAAAAUGGAAUAGGCUUGUGCUUAUGACUUGCCAAAAUAA